AUGUACAACCACUCCUUGCCCCACAACCAACUGGCCACUAGUGACGUGGAAAGGGAGUGGCGCACACGUGCCCCUAUUGGUCCUAGCUGCUCGAGCCUCUACUCGUAGCUCCUCCCUGACAGUGCUUUCAACCCACUUGCGGGCCCGACUGGCUGGUAGGUACCCCCCAUUUUACUAUAUAUAUAUAUAUUUUUUUUUUCUUCAUUUAUCUCAAAAGUAAGAUUGUAAAAAUCAUAUAAAUUCAUAUAAAAUUACAUAAUUAGCCAAAAAUUCAUGUUAAUCAAUUGAAAACCACUUUUUGCACUUGUAACACAAAUAUAAGUCUAUUUAUCAUGAUUUAAGGCUAAAACUAUAUUAUUUACUAAUUAUUAACUCAUGAUAAUGAAGACUUAUUAGUCACCCAAAUAUCUCAAGUUUGUCUCCUCAAAGUCUCAACAUUUUUGCACCCAAAUAUAGAUACUGGUGCCUCGUGUCAUCAUUCAAAUCACUCUCCCCUUAAAACUCAAUUACCUUAAUGCCUAAUAGAAAUAAAAAAAAAUGGUGAUGAAUUCUAAUUAUUUACCAAAAUCAGUUGGAGUAGAGGAUGCAACUUUCUUGUGUGUCGUUGUUACAUAUGGUUAGCAGAGCUUGAUGUUCUCACUUGAAUCUUUGUGUGCUAAAUAUAUUUUUGAUAUAGAAGUCUUUUUCUAUAAGUGAGCUUGUUUCCUUUAAUGGUUUCUUGAUAUUACUUGAUCUUUAACAUUUGAGAUUCUCAUUUAGAAAAUUGUCAAGUUUCAAAAUGUGUGGUAAUGACCUUUGAACCUUCCAAUCUUUAAAUCUCUUGGUUCCCUUGCCUUUUUUGUUCAAAUUUGAAUUGGAGUUUCCUAACUUGAUGAAGAAUAUGAUCACCAGUACCUUGAUCAUGAUCAUCAUCGAGGGAAUCUUCAUCACCACGACGCACCUCGUCACGACGAUGGCCACGAUUGAUUGGGUGGUCGUUGGCCACAGGAUACUUAUGAUCGCCGCGAGCCAGUCUACCCUGCUCGUAGGGACGAUCUCCCACGUCCGCCACCACCACCACCCCGACCCCACUACAAGGACUAUCGACCCCACGGACGCGACCAGGGACACGAUAGGAGAGACCUUCCAGGUUACAAAGCUGACCCUUCCCGACGAGCAGAGCUCAAUCAGUGAGCAAAGCGUCAGCCACGAGAUCGCGAUGAUUCCUAUUGCGACUACCAGAGUGCUCUAGACUUUCACCAAGCACCCUAGGAUGCCCACCAGGAUCGUUACUACGAUCAAGGGCGUUACUCGAGUCCUCCCCACCGUGACUUUGGUGGUGACCAUAGGGCCGAUCGAUUGGAUGAUGGGGACAGGCGACGUGAGGAUCAUAGGGCCCGCAUAUUGAAAAGUGUUCACGCCGAUGUGGCAGUCUUUGACGGCUCCAGUGAGCCCAAGGACUUCAUAGAUUGGGAGUCUAGUAUGAACUCCUAUUUCCGAUGGUACCGCAUAGAUGAUGAUUUAUGCGUGGAGUAUGUGGAGAUGAGACUUGGUGGAUAGGCCAAGAUCUUUUGGGAAAACGAGAGCUAUGCGGCACAUCGACAAGGGCAGCCCAUCACAUCAUGGGUUGAUAUGGCAUCACACUUGAGGAACAAGUAUGUUCCUCGAUAGUACGAGUCGAUGCUGUUCCUCAAUUGGUUAGACCUCCGACAGGGCAAGAUGUCCGUCCGAGACUAUAUUCAGGCUUUUGAGGAGUGCUGCAUGAGGUGUCGCUUUGUCGAGGACUCAUGUGUGGUUUUACGCAUUUUCACCCACGGACUUAGUCCACGGCUUCAGAACGAGGUGCUGAAAGGCAACCCGUCUGAAGUAGAUGAGGCCUACCGCAUAGUAGAGCAUAGAGAGCAACCCGCUGACGUGACUUAGUCAUUGUAUAUAAAAUCACGCAAAUAUAAAAUUUAUAAAACUAAAAAAUAUGAUUUUUCAGAUAUUUAGAAGUAUUUCUGAACAAAUAUAUCAAUUAUAACUUAAUUAAACUUCCAAAAAUAGCGAUAAUUUUCCAGGUUGAUCACAAGGAUGUAAUAUAAUAUCUGGUAAUUUUUCAGAAUUUUCCUCAAAGAAUAUUAUUUUAUAUGAAUUUUAUACUAAGAAAUGAAAAAUAAAUAUAUUUAAAAUUCACGAAAAAGGGAAAUAAGGGAGCGGAUGUCAGGAUGAUGUCAGCACCCGACGAACAUGAAUUGGGCAGAAACAAAGUUCUGCCCGACAAUUCUUACGUAAGUGAUUACAGACGAUUUAAUUGAUCAAAUUAAGAUCUAUAAAAGCCAGAAGAAUCGUAAUUGAACGAAGUAUAUUUUGGUAAAUUAAAAUCACACAAAUUAUCACUAAAUGAAGCAUAAAGUAAGUUGAAAGCAGGAAAAUAGAGUUCUGGCGUCGCGGCGGCGAUACGUUGGUGAUGUAUCAGAAUCUUGAGCGUUCGGGAGGAUAGUCGUGCAGUGUCCACAGCCUCGAAGGCUCUCCUUGGACAAGGACGAUGUGGACAAUCUCUAGAUCUCCUUGCGAAGCCUAGAGAUCAAUGAAAUGGGUCGUCGAAUCGUCUCUGGUGGCUGUCACCCAGCGGAGCAGAAAAACGACGACUUUGCAGCUCUCCGACGGCUGUCACCCGAUGAUGGCGAGCGGGACUUGUCUCCAUCAACUCAGGAGACACCGGCAGUCCUUCAGCCCGAUCAAAGCGCGAAGAUGAAGGAGCCAGGCUUUCGCUACACAGCCUAGCCCUUCGGGACGACGACAUUCCACCUCCACGACGACGACAAGCUCGAGCUCACCCUUAUCUUAGUUUAAUUAUCAGCUACAACAGACGGACUACACCGGCGACAUCAGUAGGGUCUGCACUACCCCCCCGUCCGCCACCAGCCGAUGCAUCCAAUCGUGCUAUGGCUACAUCCCAAGCCCAUAUCACUUGUUUCAAGUGUAAGGGUAAGGGGCAUCGGAUGAGCCAAUGCCCAUCUUCGAAUCUCCUCAUAGAGAUCGAAGAAUUGGGUAGCGGUUCACACGAGGAUGACGUCCCUGUAGGCGAUGAUGUCUACAUUGCUGACGAGGGUUUGGCCAAGGAGUGUGAUGACUGAUAAGUGACGUGACUUAGUUGUUGUAUAUUAAAUCACGCAAAUAUAAAAUUUAUAAAACUAGAAAAUACGAAUUUUUGGAUAUUUAGAAGUAUUUCUAAAUAAAUAUAUCAAUUAUAAUUUAAUAAAACUUCCAAAAAUAGCAGUAAUUUCCCAAGUCGAUCACAGGGAUGUAAUAUAAUAUUUUGUAAUUAUUCAGAUUUUUUCUCAAUGAAUACGAUUUUCUAUGAUUUUUAUACUAGAAAAUGAAAAGGAAAUAUAUUUAAAAUUAACGAAAAAAAGGAAAUAAGGGUGCGGACGUCAGGAUGACGUCAGCACCCGGCGAACACGAAUCGGGCAGAAACAGAGUUCCGCCCGGCGAUUCUUACGUAAACGAUUACAGACGAUUUAAUUAAUCAAAUUAAGAUCUAUAAAAGCCGGAAGAAUCGUAAUUGAACGAAGUAUAGUUUGGUAAAUUAAAAUCACACAAAGUAUCACUAAAUGAAGCGUAAAUUAAAUUGAAAGUAGGAAAACAGAGUUCCGACAUCGCGACGCCGACGCGUCAGCGAUGCACCAGAAUCCUGAGCAUUCGGGAGGAUCGUCGUGUAGUGUCCAUGGCCUCAAAGGCUCUCCUUGGACAAAGACGACGUGGGCAAUCUCUAGAUCUUCUCGCGAAGUCUAGAGAUUAAUGAAAUGGGUCGUCGAGUCGUCUCCGGCGGCUGUCACCCGGCGGAGCGGAAAAACGGCGACUUUGCGGCUCUCCGGCGGCUGUCACCCGACGGAGAGGAGCUAGAUGGAGGUGGGGCGCGUGUCAGGGAGCUUCAUCCUCAGGUCCGCGCAGCAAGAGGAGGCUCUUCAUCGCAUCUGGUAUGCUCUCAAGAGGUGGCGACUUGUCUCCCGGCGGAUCGUCCUCUUCCUGACGACGGCUUGUUCGUCGAUCAAUCGAAGAUGAUUUACUCGAUGGAUUCACGAUCCUUUUAUCGCGAAUCGUUCAGCAAUUUUAGUAGCAAUGCUCCGCGAAUCGCGUUGACGAGAUUUUUGCUGAUGAUCUAGCGAUUCUCGUUGCUUAAUCCUUCACCGGCGAUCUGCAAGAAAGUCGCGAUAAUCAGAUAAAAAUAUAUGAAUUUUGACUCUAGGAGGAUUCGAACCCAUGCCGGUCGCUCGCCUGUGAGGAAGGUGUGACGCGGGUUUAGUCCCACAUCGGUUGUGCACCGAUUUUUCGGGCGAAUAUAUAGUAAUGUUAGCUUUGUAAGCAAAGUCUCUUCUCUCGCGUGUACGACCACUCCUUGCCCCACAGCCGGCUGGCCACCGGCAACGUGGAAGGGGGAGUGGCAUACACGUGCCCUAUCGGUCCCCAAGCCAAGCCGCUCGAGCCCCUGCUCGCGGCUACUCUCCCCCCGACUGCGCUUCCGACCCGCUUGCGGGCCCGGCUGGCCGGCGGGUCCCCCAUUUUUGCAAUAUUUUUAUUUUUAUUUCUUGUUCUUCAUUUAUCUCGAAAGUAAGACUGUAAAAAUCGUAUAAAAUCACAUAAUUACCGCAAGAGAAGGAACUUUGCUUAGAAAGCUAACAUUACUAUAUAUUUGCCCAAAAAAUCGGCGCACAACCGAUGUGGGACUAAACCCGCGUCACACCUUUCUCAGAAGAGGCGAGCGACCGGCGCGGGUUCGAGUCCUUCUAGAGUCAAAAGUCAUAUAUUUUUAUCUAAUUAUCGUGACUUUCCUGCAGAUCGCCGGUGAAGGAUUAAGCAACGAGAAUCGUUGGAUCAUUAGCGAAAAUCUCGUCAACGCGAUUCGCGGAGCAUUGCUACUAAAAUUGCUGAACGAUUCGUGAUAAAAGGAUCGCGAAUCCAUCGAGUAAAUCAUCUCUGAUUGAUCGACGAACAAGCCGUCGUCGGGAAGAAGACGAUCCGCCGGGAGACGAGUCGCCACCUCCUGAGAGUGUACCAGAUGCGAUGAAGAGCCUCCUCUUGCUGCAUGGACUUGAGGAUGAAGCUCCCUGACACGCGCCCCACCUCCAUCCAGCUCCUCUCUGUCGGGUGACAGCCGCCGGAGAGCCGCAAAGUCGUCAUUUUUCCGCUCCGCCUGGUGACAGCCGCCGGAGACGACUCGACGACCCAUUUCAUUAAUCUCUAGACUUCGCGAGAAGAUCUAGAGAUUGCCCACGUCGUCUUUGUCCAAGGAGAGCCUUCAAGGUCGUGGACACUGCACGACGAUCCUCCUGAAUGCUCAAGAUUCCGGUACAUUGCCGAUGCAUCGCCGUCGCGACGCCGGAACUCUGUUUUCCUACUUUUAACUUACUUUACGCUUCAUUUAGUGAUAAUUUUUGUAUUUUUAAUUUACCAAAAUAUACUUUGUUCUAUUACGAUUCUUCCGGCUUUUAUAGAUCUUAAUUUGAUUAAUUAAAUCAUCUGUAAUUGCUUACGUAAGAAUCGCCGAGCAGAACUCUGUUUCUUCCCGAUUCGCAUUCGCCGGGCACUGAUGUCAUCCUGACGUCCGCACCCUUGUUUUCCUUUUUCGUGAAUUUUAAAUAUAUUUCCUUUUCAUUUCCUAGUAUAAAAUUUGUAGAAAAUCGUAUUCAUUGAGAAUUUUUUUGAAUAAUUACCAUAUAUUGUAUUACAUCCCUAUGAUCGACCUGGAAAAUUAUCGCUAUUUUUGGAAGUUUUAUUGAAUUAUAAUUGAUAUACUUGUUCAGAAAUACUUCUAAAUAUCUGAAAAGUCGUAUUUUCUAGUUUUAUAAAUUUUAGAUUUGCGUGAUUUAAAAUACAACGACUGAGUCACGUCAAUGACACUCCUGAUUUGAUUGGCUACAUCCAGAUCCGGCCAACCACCAUACCAGCAGCCAAGGCUGCCUCUCUCAUUGCCUCAUCGAUGAGCACUUCAUCGAGGGAACUGGUCAGCAUCGCUGUCUAGCGUCCAUCUCGAGACGUGGUUCCUACACCACAGCCAGACACCAUGGCAGCUAGAGAGAACACCCCAACACCGAGGAUGACUAUGCCCACAUCUUCGCCUAUGACAGACGAUUCCCUUCGCACGUCGAUCUUCUACACCUAUGUGAAGAUCAACAGACACGCGUGCAAGGUGAUCGUGGACAGCGGUAGUUGCGUCAAUGUCGUGUCUGACCAGGUCUUGUAGAGGGCAGGGCUGAGUACUAUCAGCCAUCCAGCCCCUUACGACGUAUCGUGGAUAGACGCCACCGCACUACCCAUUCAUCGACAGUGCCAGGUGCCACUUAGGGUGAGCACCUAUGAUGAGCACAUCUUGUGUGAUGUCCUUCCGAUGAAAAUCGGCGGCAUCAUACUUGGAUGGCCCUGGUUGUUUGACUAUGACGUCCAACUCAUGGGAAGAGCAAACACUUGCUCUUUCAUGUAUCGAGAUCGCCGACUUGUUUGGUAUCCGCAUACCAACAAGCCUGCGCCGAAGCGUGACCCUAAGUCACGUAUUGGGUUAAUCGUGAUGAGGGGACCUACCUUUCAGCACGAGAUCACGUCGGACAUAGAUAGAUCCCCGACGUGCUUCACUCUCGCUUUGGAUACGCGAGAUGACACGACCCUUACCCCGCCUUUUCUAGAAGUCGAGGGUAUAUUAUCGGAGUACGCUGACGUACUCCUAGAGGAGCUUCCUAGAGAGCUGCCUCUAUUGAGGCACAUUCAACAUGCUAUCAACUUGGUUCCCGGAGCAUCACUCCCGAACCUGCCGCACUAUCGCAUAGAGCCGGCCAAGUACGAGGAGCUUAGCCGACAGGUACAGGAGCUUUUGGACAAGGGACUCAUCCAGCCAAGCCUUAGUCCCUACGUCAUGCUUGCAUUACUAGCACCGAAGAAGGAUGACACUUGGCGCAUGUGCUGCGAUAGUAGCGCGAUCAAUAGGAUAACGGUUAAAUACUGUUUUCCGAUCCCGCGAUUACAGGACUUAUUCGACAUGAUGACAGGAGCCACUAUCUUUUGAAAGAUAGAUCUACGUAGUGGUUAUCAUCAGGUUAGGAUACAUCUAGGGGACGAGCGGAAAACUGCCUUCAAGGUCAAGGAGGGCCUGUACGAGUGGAGGGUCAUGCCAUUUGGCCUCUUCAACAUGCCCAGUACAUUCCAGAGGCUAAUGAACAAGGUUUUAUGCCCUUUCAUUGACAAGUUCGUCGUAGUAUACUUUGACGACAUCUUGGUCUACAGCGGUACUCGAGACUCCCACUUUCAGCACUUACGACAGGUGUUUGAGGCACUUCGACAGGAGAAGCUUUAUGCCCAUCCUAAGAAGUGUAGUUUCUUCACUUUCGAGGUUAUGUUCCUCAGUUUUGUCGUCUCUAAGCGAGGAGAUUUGAUGCAGGACGGGGCGAAAACCCUUGUACCUGAUCAAUAA